CUGAGCAGUAUGGUUGUUUUCUGAGUAUGGAGGAGAAUGGAGGACGGUGCAAAUAAUGAUGAUGCUGGUGACCCAGCAAAUACAGAAAAUUCCAUUUGUGCCGGGUGCCUAAAUGUUCUUGAUGAAGAUGAAGUUAUUCAGGCAUUAAACCAAGAGUGGCAUGUUGAAUGCUUUCGCUGUUCAGCAUGUGAUGCAGCACUCUCCAGUUGGUAUUUUGAGAAAGAUGGGCUGCUAUUUUGCAAGGAUGACUACUAUGCAAAAUAUGUGGAGUCAUGUCAGGAUUGUGGACAGGUGAUUACUGGACCUGUAAUGGUUGCUGGUGAUCACAAAUUUCACCCAGAAUGCUUUUGCUGUACAUCAUGUGGAAGUUUCAUUGGCGAUGGAGAGUCAUAUGCACUUGUGGAGCGCUCCAAGCUCUAUUGUGGUCAGUGCUACAAACGCCAGAUGCAACCUCUUACAAAGACUGUUGGUGGUAUGUCAAAUACACGAAAACCGCAUUCGAUACGCCUGGUAGAGAUACCACCUUUGAAUGAUGGACAGCGAAGUAUUAAACUUAGUGCUGAAGGAGGUCGUGGUAUUCCAGUUGUUCAUUCUGAACCAUAUGGAUGCCGUGGAUUACGGAUCUCAGAGAUACUGAGUAUAGUUCAUGGCAAAGUUGGCAAGUUGGCUGUAUCACUUCUUGAGGCAGCCUUUAGAUUAUGCUGCCAUCUAUCACGUUAUAGGCUGGACAUGAGCAGUGAUUUGAUGUCCCUUCACAUUGGAGAUAGAAUAUUGGAAGUAAAUGGAACUCCAGUGAAGGACCAGCCAAUUGAAAAUAUAGAAAACCUGAUUCGUUAUUCAGACACUGUGCUCCAGCUGACAAUAGAACAUGACCCAGAUGCUUCUUGCCGACGCCGUCCAAGUGUAGCUGCCUCACCACCUUCUUCGCGGCCUCCAGAUGGACGCCUUUACAGACGUAAAGAUGAGGGUUACAUGAGUGGAUCCAGAUCUCGUGCACUGCGGCGUAGCCGGGGGAGUGGUAGUAGCAGUAGCAAGGAACGAUCCUCAUCAAUGUCAAGACUGCUUGAAGGUUCACCACCAUCUGGCCGUGAAAGCUGUGAUCUGUCACGAACUCGAUCAUUUCGUGUGGAACCCAAAAGUCAGCGCAUUUUCCGUGCCUCUGACUUAGUGAAGGGUGAAUUAUUGGGGAAAGGAUUCUUUGGCCAAGUGUACAAAGUUACCCACCGCGCAACAAAUGAAGUCAUGGUACUGAAAGAAUUAUACAGAGUGGAUGAAGAUGCACAGAAGAAUUUUCUCAAAGAGGUGGCGGUACUUCGUAGUCUGCAUCAUCAUAAUGUGCUGCGCUUCAUUGGAGUGUUGUACAAAGACAAGCGUUUGCACCUGGUCACUGAAUUCAUCUCGGGGGGCACGCUACGAGAGCUAUUGCAUGACAUAUCUGAACCAUUACCAUGGGAACAGAGAGCAUCAUUUGCAAAGGACAUUGCUGCUGGCAUGGCGUACUUGCAUUCCAUGAACAUCAUCCACCGUGAUUUAAACUCUCACAACUGCCUUGUUAGAGAGGACAAGACGGUUGUUGUGGCUGAUUUUGGGCUAGCACGUAUAAUCUCCCAGAAUCCUGUGGGUGUGAGUGCUGCAGAUCGAAGGCGUUAUGGAAAACGAGGAACUGGUCCAGGAAGCAGACGCUGUGAAAGGAAAAAACGUUACACAGUUGUAGGAAACCCUUACUGGAUGGCACCAGAAAUGAUGAAGGGCAACAAAUAUGAUGAAAAAGUUGAUAUAUUUUCCUUUGGGAUUGUGCUAUGUGAGAUAAUUGGUAGAGUUCAUGCUGAUCCAGACUACUUGCCACGCUCAUCAGACUUUGGCCUGAAUCAAAAGGUGUUCCGUGAGAAGUUCUGCUGCAGUUGCCCUGAGCCUUUCUAUCGGGUAGCCUUCCUUUGCUGUGAUCUCAACCCAGAUAAAAGGCCUCCAUUUGAGGUUAUGGAGGUUUGGUUGGAAGGACUAGCAAUGCACCUUUCAGUAGAUAAACCACUGCCAAAGGAUCUUGAGUUCGAUAUAUUUAAUUAUACGGGUCGGAGUCCUAGCUCAUCUGAGUCAACAACACCGGAAGCACUGACCCCAUCAGCAAAUCAGCCUCCACUUCAACCUAUAGAGGAGGGCCGUUGCCAGAUACCGCUUCCAACACCAGUGCGCUCACCUUCACCUGUUGAGAGUACAGCAUUGUGAGGGGCAGUUCUCUAUUGCCUGAAUCCGAUACAGUAUUCUCACUCUGUGUUUGUGUAAGUGGUGCAUUUUUUCCCUGCCGUAAAGUGGCUGCUGUUUCUCAGCAAAGUCAUGAAAGCUUUAAAGUAUAAUAUUAAAUUCUUAUGACAUAGAUUCUUGUUGCAUCUCAUAGAGAAUCUAUAAACUGUUAGUUAACUGUUUCAGAAUUGCAGCCUGGCAUUUGGCUGUACUUGUUAAAUCAUACUUGUAUUAUCCUUACAAGUAAGAGAUUCCUCUUUUUGGAUGGUACUUCCAUAAUUUCCUUGCCUUUUGAAAUAUUCUGAAAAGCAAUAAGACUGAUUUGCUAUUUUUACCUGCAAGCAGUUUUAGAAUGACAUUUGCUAUGUCUUUUUGUAGCUGGUUUUGACAACAAUAUAAAAUGUUGAGAGGAAUAAUUUUCUAUGUAGGCAUAAUUCAUUGUAGAAUGGCAUUUUUAUAUAUAUCAUUCCAAAAUUUUUUUUUUAGAAGACAAAAUUUUAUGGCUUUUCUACUACUGUUAUUACUACUAUUACCAGCAUGGGUAAUAUCCUUCUCCCAACAUAACAUGUUGUGUGUUGAUCCAUAACAGGUCAUGGCUACUUUUAGGAUGUUUAAAAAAUGAUCCCUGUUUCUGGAACAUUUGAAUGUUUAAGUGAUCUGAUUAUAACUAUAAUAGCUAGCAUGUUUGUCUGUGCUAGAGUACAUUUUAAAACAUUUCAUCGUUUCGGUUCUGUGAUAAAGUUAAUAAAAUAAUGGAUGAAUUAAUACAUGCAACAACAGCCUCUCAUAUGAACUGUUAGCCAAAGUUGGAUCAUUUUUGUCAGUCUGAAGAAUUCUUUCUUUAUAAUGUAAUUGUACAGCAGAUAUUUUUGUAGUUUAUACUGUUCUGAUAUGUUUGUUGUUCUUACUAGUCUUCUGCAUUAGAUUACAUAACUCCUUGUGCUGUUUAAAGCUUUUUACUGAUCCUUUAAUUUCUUGUGCAAUUGAGGCACCAAUGCAAAUUUUAUUUUGUGCUCUAUAAGGAGGUCAUGUGACAUGCCCCAAGUUAACUUAUUUUCAUUGAGUUCUUUGCACUUCAUUCUUAGCCAACAUUAGUUUUAUUUUCAGAACUUAUAUGGUGUCUAAAUGUUUGUGUCCUGCAGAUGUGUGUGGGUGUUUUUUUAAAAAUGCCAGGUUAAUCAUUACAUGUAUGGGGAUUAUUUUGAAUUUUGUCUCCUACUUACACAUCACUUUACACUACUUCAUGAAGCCAGCUGUCUGCUGCUCUUGUCCAAAAAAUAAUUUCAUGUUGUCUUUCAUUGUAUAAUAGCUCAAUCUCCUGUGUUAGGCAACCAUUGUGGUCCUUCUGAAUUUCUGUAUAAGGUGCAAGAUGAUGAUUUCAACUAUCAGAUGAAGACUGUUGCUUUGAAAUGUCAUUUUGGUUUUGCUAGUUUAGUAAAUGCCUACAUACACUUCAGUAUUUCUCUAGCAGCUAUAUACUUCAAUUGGAAACUGUAAUUCAGAGGAGGGGAUGAUGGUUAUUUCUUUGUACAAUAACACUUGUAUAUUAAAGGAAACUGAUGUGUAGAUAAAUUAAUCCUGGAUAAAAAAAGGAUAUGUAUGUGAUUACAAAAAAGAAAGUGUGGUAGAACAGAUAAUUUUGAAAAGAAAUAGGUAAUGAUCCAACCUCAAGAUUUAAUUAUCAUUUAUACUUGAAGUACUAUUAUACUAAAUGCUUCUAUAUAAUUAGACACGUAAAUUUCUAAGGAAACUCCUUGAAGAUCUUACGGCAUUUAUACUUCAUUUACAUUUACA